UGGCGAAAACUCCUUCGCGUUUUGUAAACCGUGGCAUGUUCGUUGAGAAGAACGACCCCUCUUUCAAAUUUGAUCAAAUUUAGCACAUAAAUUAGGAUCAAUGGUAACUUUGAUUUUCUGCCUAAUGUAUGACAAUUUUAGCAUAUUACGUGCGUUUCAUUAACGCCCGCGAUUUAUUAAUCAUAACAUGUAAACUAGUCUUCUACAGAAUUUGUAGAAUAGCCAAUACUGUUUCUGGUGUCAAAAAUCAGAUUUGGAGAGUUUGGGGAGUUUCUUGGGUGCAGGUGCCGCGCUCGUUAUCUAUUCGCUUCCGUUGCUGUUUCAAGUUGUGCGCGCAUUCUCCAAGCUUCCUCUCAGUCCUGGGCGGAGUGGAGUCAUUUGAAGAUGAUGUCUUACGCGACUUCGACAUACUCAAGUUUCAGAUCUCUACCAAAUGCGAUCGUUAUUUCACAGAGGAUUACAAUUUGAUCUAGAACCUCGACUUCAGAAAAACAUCCCUCUUCAACAACGACAAAGGGACGGAAGACUUUUCAGUUUGUAGGGCAUCACCCCAGCGGGCACCGUGGCGGGCACUAUUCCGUCGAAGGGCGAGGAGGACUUCCUGACGCUCGCCGCCUCCCGGCUCAGCCGUCGCAAGCGUGUCAUAGGUGCGGGUGUGGGCGUGGCCAUGGUCCUGGUGCUGCUGGUCGCCAUUCCCUUAUUGGUCCACAGCACCAAAGCGGGAGGGGCUGGUGGCCAAGGCAGCCAUUACGAGAUGCUGGGCAGCUGCCGGAUGGUUUGUGACCCGUACACCCCGUCCCAGAACGAGCUGACCGCCGUCUCUCCGCCACCGCCCGACUUCAUGAGCCGCCGGGGGAAGUCAGGAUUGCGCGGGCCUCCCGGGAUCCCCGGCCCGCAAGGACCCCCGGGCCCCCCUGGAGAGCCGGGUAAGCCUGGCCCGCAGGGACCCCAGGGCCCCGGGCCGGGCGGCUACGUGCCCUCCUUCUACAGCCCCAAGAUCGCCUUCUAUGCAGGCCUGCGCAAGCAGCACGAGGGCAUGGAUGUGCUCAAGUUUGACGACGUGGUCACCAAUGUGGGCAACUACUACGAGCCCAGCACCGGCAAGUUCACGUGCCCGCUGCCUGGCAUCUACUACUUCACGUACCACGUGCUCAUGAGGGGAGGAGACGGCACCAGCAUGUGGGCCGACCUGAAGAAGAACGGGCAGGUGAGGGCCAGUGCCAUUGCCCAGGACGCCGACCAAAACUACGACUACGCCUCCAACAGCGUCAUCCUGCACCUGGACGUGGGGGACGAGGUGUACGUGCAGCUGGACGGGGGCAAAGUGCAUGGGGGCAACACCAACAAGUACAGCACCUUCUCCGGCUUCCUUAUCUACCCCGACUGAUCAUGACGGCCAACAGCUCCUCCGACCCACCAACCAACCCCACCCCCCCCACCCAAUCAAAAUCUCUACACCCUCAUUACACUACCCCUCCCUAAGACGCCACUGUGGGCACACUGCGUGAA